AUGAAUCUCAAUAAGAUGAGCAGCUUCAGUUUAUUAUCUAGAAAGAAACUUUCAAUUUUGUAUAAGAAAAAUGCUGGCGAAAACGUCUACAAUUUAUGCAGCAAUGGGGAAAAGAAUAAUGCUGGUGGCAAUUUUUUAAGCCUUUUUUUUUUCAGGCGUUCAUUAAUCGCUAUAGGUGCCAUUCUUUGUGUAAUAUUACAGAAUACUUGCACAUUUGAGAAUAAGAAGAGUUCACAAUUGGGAUUAACUGCUAGAUUUUCUAGAAAAUUAAUUGAAAAAAGCAAGGAUGAAAUUGGAGAAAUGUCAAAUGUAUUAGCUGCUUUAGAUGUAUUAUGGAAAUGGUCACCUCUGCCUUCUGUUAGUGCUUUAACAGCAGAAAAGCUAGAUUCAAGGAAAAAUAAAAAAAAAGGGAAAGUGCUGGACAUGGAAGAAUUGCGGGAACGAUGCCAUAAUAAUGGGAAGGAUUUAGAUGAAUAUGAAAUAGGCGUAAUGCUGAAUUAUUUAACACAACCAGGUUGCUUUAGUAAAAUAUAUGCUCUUGGUACCUGGUGGCAAGUUCGAAAAAGAGAAAAAAAAGAGUGGGACAAUUUUUAUAUACAAUUAUCAAGACUUUGCAAAGACACAGCAUAUAAAUGUAAUUACAGUUCAGAAUUAUCAGAUAAACUUCUGAAGGAGGCUCAAGAUGACUAUACGCAGAGAGCAAAAAAUAUGGAAUCUGCUUAUAAUGAUAAGAUUUAUGAUCUUCUUAAUAAGAAGGAUAAAGCGCCCAAGGAUUAUAAAGAUAAUGUUAAUAAGUAUCAAAAUGAUCAGGAAGACCUGAGAGAUCAAUUUUGGGAUGAAUGGGAAAAAUAUUUUAAUGAAGAAAUGUCAGGGGAACCUUUUGUUAAGGGUAUAAUUAAGGAGCCGGCGGCACUUGAAAAUGGAGAGUGA